AGUAUAAUAACUGGGGAAUAGAAUACUUUAAGUGGGUAAGAUUGUUUCUUUCUUGUUUUGUUUUGGGUUUUGGUUUUUCUCUUGUUUUGUGUUUGGAAUUUUGUCCAUAUUUUUUGGGUAUUGAAUUGGUGGUGACAGAAAUGGGUGUAGCUAUAUCCAGACUGGUGAGAAUUUUUUUUGCAAAGAAAGAAAUGAGAAUUCUAAUGGUGGGUCUUGAUGCUGCUGGCAAAACAACAAUCCUUUACAAGCUCAAACUUGGAGAGAUUGUUACUACCAUUCCCACCAUCGGAUUUAAUGUGGAGACUGUGGAGUAUAAAAAUGUUAGCUUUACUGUGUGGGAUGUAGGAGGCCAAGAUAAGAUUAGACCACUGUGGAGACAUUACUUUUACAAUACACAAGGUUUAAUCUUUGUGGUGGACAGCAACGAUAGAGAAAGAAUCUUAGAAGCUAAAGACGAGCUCCAUCGGAUGCUCGGAGAGGAUGAACUUCGUGAUGCAACGCUUCUUGUCUUCGCUAACAAACAAGAUUUACCAAAUGCAAUGACCGUUUCGGAAAUCACCGAUAAACUUGGCCUCCACUCACUCCGCCAACGUCGUUGGUACAUUCAGGCUACGUGUGCUUCCUCCGGCCAAGGACUCUAUGAAGGCCUUGAUUGGCUCUCUAGCAAUAUCUCCAGCAAGGCUUAAUCUCCAGUCAGCACCAAAUACCCAUCUCUAUAUCGAUACAAAAAACUUACCUAAUGAGUAAAAACUUCCACCAUCACUAAAAUGAAGCAUAUAUAUUAAUGUGCUUGAUAAAUUUUCAGUAAAUACGAUCGUCAAUUACUGUAAUUUUUCCAUGUGAGGUACCUACGUAUACAAACAUGGAACACAUAUGGUGUGUACUAGCUAUAUAUAAAAUCAAAAGUACCAGUGUGACUAACUUUAAAAGGUUUGUGUACUAUUCCACAGCAUUAGUACUGAGGAAGAAGUUUGAUUUUCUUGGUGUGAGAAAUGGAACCCUAGGCGAAUUCCCAUGA